AUGGACGGCGCAGCAGCGACGCCCGUGCGGCGGUCCGCAAUGGUGGCCACGCCCACCCGCACACCGAGCCUGCGUGCGCGUACCCCGUCGCGUGCGGACGCAGGAACGCCCGCCCGCCGCGAGCGUGCCCUGGAAGUCGGCGACGCUGUUUCAUUUGAGGGCACCGACCUGACUGGCGUGCUGCGGUACCUGGGCCCGGUGCACGGACGUGAUGGCAUGUUUGCUGGCCUCGAGCUCACAGGUCUGUCGUACGGCCAAGGCAAGAACGACGGCACAAUACAAGGGUGCGUAACAGGCGCUGACCGCAGUGUACAGUACUUUGCGACCUCGCCCAACAAUGGUGUGUUUGGCCCCGCCGCCAAACUCGUCGCGCUGCCAUCCGUACGGCCCACGAGUGCGACGGCCCGCCCCCUGUCGUCGCUCUCUGGUCGUAACAGCCGCACAGACGGCCGUGAGCGCGAUGCGCCACCCACCCCUAGCAGCGAGCGCCCGCGGCGACGCCAAAGUGGUGUGCCCAUGCUGUCGUCGACGCCACGCGCGACGCCGCGGCGCAGCAUGGGCGGUGGCGUAGCGCGCACGGCGCGCACACAGCCUGCGUGGGCCACACCGCCAGUGCCGCGCCGUGUGCCGACGCCCGGCCGCCCUGGCUCGUCGACUGCGCCGCGGCGCCCCGGAAGCGCGGCGCGCGUCCUGCCGCAGCGCGACGACCCAAUAGGCUGGGGGGACGAGGCGGAGCCGGUGCCACAUGGGGCGCACCAGGACCUGCUGGAGCAGCUGGCGCUCCCUCCGAGCGUCUCGAGUGGGGCCGUUGAUGAGGCGGGUGUGCCGACGGCUGAGUACGAGCGCCUAUGUGAUGAGCUUGCGGACGUACGGCGCCAGCUCGCUGACUGGGAGCAUGAGUGUGCCGAGCUGCGGCAGGCAGCGCAGCAGCGCGAGCAAGAAGGGGAGGAGCUCAAGCGCCUCGAGCUCGAGGACGAGGGGCGGCGGCGCCAGGCGCUAGAGCGGCAGACAGCCGAGCUGCAGCGCCAGCUGAGCGAGGCGCUCGACACAGCGACAGUGGCAGCCGACGUCCACGAUGCACUCGAGCGCCAGAGUACGCAGCAUGCUGAACGCAUUGCCGAGCUUGAAGCGGCCUUGGCCGCUGCGCAAAUCCGUGCGGAGCAUGCCGCGCGGCCGCACGACGCCGAGACAGAUGAUUCACAAGCACUGACGCUGCUGCAGGCCAAGGUCGAGCAGAUGACAGCCGCCUGGGCGCGUGAGCGCACGGACCUAACAGACCGGAUCGCGACGCUGCAAGCGCGCGCCGACCGGACAAGCGUGCUGGAGCGCGAGCUGAGCGAGGCGCAGCAGCGCGCGGCGCACGAUAUAUCAGGCCCCAGUGCUGCAGAGAUUGAUAAUGCGAGCCUCAAGGAGCAGCUUGCGCACCUGCAGUCGAAAGCCGAGACGCUGGAGGCCGAGCUCGCGGAGGCCAGAGCGGCCCUGGAACAGACCACCAAGGCCAACGCGCAGGCGCAGGCAGCGUGGACAGAGCGCACGCAGGCCGAGGCCGAGCAGCUGCGCGACAACGCGGCGCAGUGGGAGGCGCGUGCGCACGACGCCGAGGCGCAGGCGCAGGCACUGCGUAAAGAGUGUGACGAAUGCCGCGCGACGCUGGAGCGUGAGCGCGCCGAUACCGAGGCCCUCCGUGAUAGCCCUCACACGCCGCAUUUGGGCACAGGGGUGCCGGCGUCGCCCGGCGGCGUGGACCUUGAGGUGGUGCGGUCGCUCGAGGCGCGCAUUGCCCAGCUUGAGCGCGAAAAGGCAGAGGAGCGUGCGCACUUUACCAAGGAGAUGGCCGAGCUCGAGUCGCUCGUCGAGUCGCGCAUCUUCCGUGAAGACGAGCUGGAGACGGAGCUGGAGCGCCUGCGCGCUGCAGCUGCAUCGUAG